GGCGUGGCGGGCGCGGCCGAGGCUUCCAUGAGGUGUCAGAAAUUGGAGAAUCACUUCUGGAGUUUAUCUCCCAGUCCAUCCAUCUUUGGCAUUUAUCAGGUUCCUGUGUGUCACUCGGCGGAGAACUGGCAGCUCCCACAGGGUACCUGUCACAGCUCCAGUAAGGACAGCAGAUGGGGACAGGACUGCACUUAAUCCCAAACCCCUCCUGCACCAGGCCCAGCACAGAUGACAGCACAGGGAUUCUGUCCUGUUAAUCCUCUAUCCUCCACAGCAGCAUCUCCAGACUACACAUAGCAGGCACUGUAAAUCCUGGAUCCUCCAUCCCCAGGGCUGGCGCCGAGGAGCUGUCUGAUGCUUCCCAGCCUUACUGAUGCUGCUCUGCCAGAAGAGAGAUGGGGAAAAGAUACUUCUGUGACUACUGUGACAGGUCCUUCCAGGACAACCUUCACAAUAGGAAGAAGCAUCUCAAUGGAGUGCAGCAUCUCAGGGCUAAGAGAGCCUGGUACGACUUAUUCCGAGAUGCUGCUGCUAUCCUGCAAGAGGAGCAAACCAAGAAGCCUUGUCGGAAGUUUCUGCAAACAGGACAGUGUGACUUUGGGUCCAACUGCAGAUUUUCCCACAUGACAGAGCAGGACCUGGAGAAGCUGAGUGCUCAGGUUCAAGGGGAGCAGAGAUCGAAGGAGCUGCAGCAGGAGGGAGCAGAUAUCCCACCUGGCACCAUCGAGGACUGGCUGGAGAAGAGAGCAAAGAGGCUGAGCGCGGCCCAGAGCAACAGUGCUCUGCCUGAGAAACCAGCUCCCUUCCAGUACCCACCGGGCUGGCCACCAGUGCAGGAGCUGCCACCAUCCCUGCAGCCCCCCCCACCCGGAGGGUGGCCAGUGCCCCCCAACCUGCAGUGGGGCUGAGGCUCAGGGACCCCACAGAGGACGUGCUCGAGAUGGAAUUCUUCCUCCUCACCUGCCCUGGGAAAGGCUGGAAUUAUUUGUAUGCACUUUUCCAUCAAUAAACACCCGCCUGUUGCA